GUUAAUAAAGAGAACAAGUGUUAGGUCUCUAGGGCGAGGGAGAGGAUUUAAGCAAGGCCACGUUUGUUUUUGACGCCUCUCAAACCCUUUUCCCUUCCUUCCCCAAUCUCUCUCUUUGCGACUUAGGGUUUUAGGGUAGCCUCGUCUCUGUUAUUUAAUCAAAACCUCUUCGGCAAUGAGCAGCGACAAGGAUAACUUCAACAUGGCCGAUCUUAACGCCUCUCUUAACGAAGAGGAUCGAGCUGGCCUUGUCAGUGUCCUCAAGAAUAAGCUUCAGAACCUAGCUGGCCAGCACUCUGAUGUUCUUGAGAACUUAGCUCCCAAAGUCAGGAAGCGUGUUGAGGUUCUCAGAGAGAUCCAGAGUCAGCAUGAUGAAUUGGAGGCAAAAUUUUUUGAGGAGAGAGCAGCACUUGAAGCCAAAUAUCAGAAACUGUACCAGCCUUUAUACACCAAGCGUUUCGAUAUUGUGAAUGGUGUUGUUGAAGCAGAAGGAGCUACUAAUGAAGCUGCAAUGGACCAAGAAGAGGAUAAGGCUGCUGAAGAGAAAGGAGUACCUGAUUUCUGGCUCACUGCAAUGAAAAAUAAUGAAGUGCUAGCUGAAGAGAUUACUGAGCGUGAUGAAGGAGCUCUCAAGUAUCUUAAAGACAUUAAGUGGUACAGGAUAGAGGAACCGAAAGGAUUCAAGCUUGAAUUUUAUUUUGACACCAAUCCUUUCUUCAAGAACUCUGUCUUGACGAAGACUUAUCACAUGAUUGAUGAAGAUGAACCUAUUCUUGAGAAAGCUAUUGGGACUGAGAUUGAAUGGCAUCCGGGAAAAUGCUUGACACAGAAGCUUCUUAAGAAGAAGCCUAAGAAGGGAUCAAAGAAUGCUAAGCCUAUCACUAAAACUGAAGAUUGUGAAAGUUUUUUCAAUUUUUUUAAUCCACCUCAAGUCCCUGAAGAUGAUGAAGACAUUGAUGAAGAUACUGCCGAGGAGCUUCAAAAUCAAAUGGAGCAAGAUUAUGAUAUUGGGUCAACCAUUAGAGACAAGAUUAUCCCCCAUGCUGUUUCAUGGUUUACAGGCGAGGCUAUUCAAGGGGAUGAGCUUGAAAUAGAAGAUGAUGAUGAAGAAGAUGAGGAUAUUGAUGAGGAUGAAGAGGAUGAGGGAGAGGAUGAGGAUGAGGAAGAGGAAGACGAUGAUGAUGAAGACGAUGAAGANUUGUCGUGUGGUGGAGCUGGGUUGCGAGAUUCAUAA